AAGGGCGCCCUGCCAGGUCGGAGAAAGCUGGGGCGGGGUUGGCAGACUCUGCACCUAAGUCUAAUCACCGGCCUUGGAGCACCUUCAGGUGGGACGUGGUGGCAAAGAUCCCAACCCUGCCCGACUUCCUGCCCGGGAGGCCCCGCGGUCUCCGGCUCUGGACAAGCGCCAGGGAGGCGUCGCCCGCCGGUGUCGGAGCGGCUUCCUGGGCGCAGUGGGCGCGGGCUGCGCGGGCGCGGAAAAGCGCGAAGCGUCGGGACAGCUCACUGGGGUGGCCCGGGCGUGCGGGCGGCUACAUGGAGGACGGCGUGCUCAAGGAGGGUUUCCUGGUGAAGAGGGGCCACAUUGUCCACAACUGGAAGGUGCGAUGGUUCAUCCUUCGGCAGAACACACUGCUGUACUACAAGCUUGAGGGGGGUCGGAGAGUGGCCCCUCCCAAGGGCCGGAUCCUCCUGGAUGGCUGCACCAUCACCUGCCCCUGCCUGGAUUAUGAAAACCGUCCGCUCCUCAUUAAGCUGAAGACCAGAACUUCCACAGAGUACUUCCUGGAGGCCUGUUCUCGAGAGGAGAGGGACGCAUGGGCCUUCGAGAUAACAGGAGCCAUCCAUGCAGGGCAGCCCGGGAAGGUCCAGCAGCUCCACAUAUUAAAAAACUCCUUCAAGCUGCCCCCUCACAUCAGUCUGCACCGCAUCGUGGACAAGAUGCAUGAUAGCAGCAGCGGGAUCCGGCCAAGCCCCAACAUGGAGCAGGGAAGCACCUACAAAAAGACCUUCCUGGGCUCCUCUCUGGUGGACUGGCUCAUCUCCAGCAGCUUCGCGGCCAGCCGUCUGGAGGCGGUGACGCUGGCCUCUGUGCUCAUGGAGGAGAACUUCCUCAGGCCUGUGGGUGUCCGGAGCAUGGGAGCCAUUCGCUCUGGUGACCUGUCUGAGCAGUUCCUGGACGACUCCACAGCCCUGUACACUUUUGCUGAGAGCUACAGGAAGAAGCCAAGCCCCAAGGAAGAAAUCAGUCUGAGCACGGUGGAGUUAAGCGGCUUGGUGGUCAAGCAAGGCUUUCUGUCCAAGCAGGGUCACAAGAGGAAAAACUGGAAGGUGCGACGCUUUGUUCUGAGGAGGGACCCUGCUUUCCUGCAUUACUACGACCCAGCCAAAGAAGAGAACAGGCCAGUGGGUGGGUUUUCUCUUCGUGGUUCACUGGUGUCUGCUCUGGAGGACAAUGGCGUUCCCACUGGGGUUAAAGGGAAUGUCCAAGGAAAUCUCUUCAAAGUGAUCACUAAGGAUGACAUACAUUAUUAUAUCCAGGCCAGCAGCAAGGCUGAACGAGCAGAGUGGAUUGAAGCUAUCAAAAAGCUGACAUGACAAGACUCUUGGGGAGCAGGACCAGGAUUCCUUCCUCCUACCAGAUGAUAGACAGGAUUUCCUGAGAAUGGAGUGUGUAAAGACUAUCAUGUUGGGCUGGGGAUGGAGCUCAGUGGAUCUGGGUUUGAUUUCCAGCAUCAAAAAAAAAAAAGUUUAACAUUAUACAUUUUGCACUGCUUUGGAGUGAGACUGCUGGAGUGAAUUCCUCAGGUGCCAGUGGUGGUGCUGUUUCCUUCUCUAUUUUCCCAUUACCAACCUGGAAAGCUAUUCUAGGACAGCCAUUAGGCAUCAGUAUCUUGACUUCUGCCCAUCAGGAUAGACAGCUAUGUCCUUGGAUCCCUUUUUGGAACUCUCUGUAUAUUUAGUUUUUUUUUUAAUGUGGUGCUGGGGUCAAACCCAGUGCGUCAUGCAUCCUUUUUGAAACUCUGGCCAUUCUGUAAUAAAUAAAAUUCUACUCUCGAAGUAGCUUUCUCUGAAA